GCUCCCGACCCCGACCCAGCUCUUUUGUCUCGCGCAAACUAGGGUUGAGCGCCGCCGCCGUCUUCCUGGUCGACGGCGAGCUCCCACCUCUCCGCCGGCCGCACCCAUCCCCGCUCCCUAUCUCUCCACGGGAGCUCGACCCCGUCGCCCUCUCCCUCCGCGGGAGCUCAGCCACAACGACCGUCCGUCGCAGGACACUGGUCCUAUCCCAUGCCGCCGCCUGGACGCCGCGCGGGAGACUCCCGCGGCCGCCGGGAGCCGGGACGCGUUCCUCCACAACGCCGUGAUCCCGGGCUUCGCUGACUCGGGCCUCCCUGGCAGCGCUCUGGCCGCCUACCGCUCCAUGCUGGCCGCCGUCGCGCGCCUGACCGCUUCACCUUCCCCGUCCUCCUCAAGUGCUGCGCGCGCCCAGGCUCCUCGAUGAUGGCCGCGCCGCCGAGUACCAGGCUCGGCAUAACUGUCUGAUCGCGUUCUACGCCAGGCUAAACACUGUCUCAGCAUUGUCGGGGACGCUAAGACGGUGUUCGACGGAAUGCCGGCCAGGGACAUCGUCAUGUGGAAGUCGAUCGUGGACGGAUUCGUGUCCACUAGGGCACUAGGCUCUCGCGCCGCUGGCCCUGUACUGCUUCAGGGAGAUGCACGAGGUGCGGCAUGACAGAGUCGGGAUUAUCCACCACUCUUGCCGUUUGCUUCCUGAAAUAGACGUUGAUGCAAGGGCAUGGGCUGGAGGAAGACGUCAAUGUUGGCACCUCUCUUCUUGACAUGUACUGCAAGUGUGGUGCCAUUGCUUCUGACGAAGGUGGCCGCGAUGAUUGAGGAGGUAGAGGGGAUGCUCGGCAUGCCAAUGGAGCAUCUCUGACGCGCUCCUUGAGCUGGAUUAUGGUCUGCACAGAGACAUCCACUCCAAGCUCAAGAUGCUCUUCAGCUACUUCGACAACCUCCCUCUAGUGUAAAGGAUGCCAUUUCCGAUUUUAUCCGUUCCGAUCUUUAUGGUACUUCCAGCACUUGUGUUCUUGGAUUUUUUGGAUGAAACAACAUGGUACCGCAAGUGAUGUGGGUGUUUGAUGAGUUAGUGGGGCUUCUCAUUUGCCAAGCCUAAGUAACAGGCCAUUAGUGUGAUGUACUAAACAAUUUAUGGUAGUGGAUAGUUCACUCUGGAUUACUCCGAUUUAUCCAUUGUCGAACUCAUCCUUUCAAAGUACAAUUAGUAGAAGUUUAUCUCUGUUUUUCCUCUAUCGCUGAACUUUAUUUUCUAGCUACUUUUUUCUUUGUCUUGACUUAGGAUCCUUGUGAUGCAUUCAAAGAUAGUCCAUCAGUGAGAUGAUAUUUAGCCAAAACAUGUAUGAGACAAAGAGUAGGGUUGAGAAGCUUGAGAAAUUGUAUGCAAACAUGGCCUUGCAAAAAGAACCGAAGGUGAAGAAGUCCGGCAAGAAUGAGAAGGCCAACAUGUCAGAGUUCACGGCGCAGUCGGACUCCAUUGGGUUUAAGAUAGUUGAGGUCACUGUGGAUGGCAACUGCUUCCUCAGAUUUUGUUCAAAUACUCAUCAUCUUGACAAAAUAGUGGGAUUUUGUGGCUUUCUAUGCUGUCUUUUAGGUCAUAUAUGACUAAUCAUUGUAGUCACUGGGGCAAUGGAUGACCAGCUGGAGGGCGACAAGGAAUGACAAAUGAAGUACUGGGAGAUGGUCGUGCAGUACAUCAUGGUUGCCCAUGGGCUAUGGCGCUUGCUAAUAAUCCUUGCCGUGUGCAAGUUGCAGAAACACUGCAAGGAGUUUGAGCCAUUCAUCGAGAAUGAGAUGUUAUUGAAUACUGUGACCGAUGAAGAAUGGAGUUGCAUCAGGCUUCUCUUGUCACGAGAAGAAACGUUCGCAUUCACAUGGUAAUUUUCUGUACAACGAUUUCCUUUCUGUACUAGAGGCAGGGUGCCAAGCCUGCUUGCUCCCGGUACAUUGUGACAUGAAGCGCCGUGAGGAGGGAGGUGCUGAAUACAGCUCGUUGACGAACACCAACCGCGGCUGCGCCACUAUCGGGUGCUAGAUCUUCCACAAGCAGGACCACAAUUGCCGUUGCAGUAUGCUGCUGCCAAGCCAGGCAUACCAGCCCCUGUUACUGCUGACAAGCGGGCGUACAACCUCCUUUCUGUAGGCCACGCGACCGCAUGCUCGUGAUCCCCCCCCUCCUCACACACACACAGAAACCAUUUUGCAGAGAACUGUCAAAUUAAUUCUUCAAGGUCGGCCAGAGGAACUUUUAUCGCUGCUUCUUAUGCCUUGCAAAAAUAUGCAAGCAAGCACAUGGAAUUGUACUGUACCAUUUUAGCUCACAGUGUUUCAGGGUACCAUUGUCCUUAAGGAAAUGUUGAUGAGUAGAUAUAUCAACUUGCCAGACAUGUGUAAAUAACUUCCCAACUUUUUGACACGACAGAAGUAUGACUGGUAUAUGUGUCUGAUCUGAUACCCACACACCUGCCCAACAUCACUAUAAAUGAUAAAAUGUAGGUAGGUAGGUAAAGUCUUGUAGCUAAUAGGAGUUAUAUCCAUGAGUGUUUGGCUCAUGUUGUAGUGAUAUGGCGAUUCUGUAGUACAAAGUACAAACAACAUAUUGUUUAGUGUUGGAACUGUCACACAAUCAUUAACCCACUUACUGGAAACCAACUUGUGUACAGUCUCACCAACUUACUCUAAAAGACAAACUGAUGGAUGCAGGUUGGGCUUGAUCUGAGAAGAGCUCUUGGCUCCCACCUAUUACCGUCCACUACUGCAUGAGUAUAUAAAUUGCUGCAUUUAACUAACACCAGGGUAAGCGUAUAUACUAAGUCGGUCAAGGAUCUUUCCAGUGUGCAUGGCUGCAUGCCUCAAGAUAUGCCUAGGGGACCAUACAAAAGUAUGCCGUGCCUGAUCUCACAGUGUCAAGCUAACACUAUCCACUAGUAGUGGGAAACUUAACAGUGGGUCCACUUUGAUUGCCUAUGGCACUGCAGCUCACCCUUAUUUUGUCACUGGAGAUAUCUAUACGCUCAGGAUAGGCACCACAAUCGAGACAAUAGUUCAGAUACUUGAGCACUCCCUUUGUUUCACUGUAACCAUUACAUGAUUCAAGCAUCUUCUUUUCUUAACAAUUGUCCAUGGAGAUAAUCAUGAGUGUAAUCAAAUGCAAUGUUUCCACUCUCUAUUUCUACUUUUAGUGUUUUGGAAGAGCUUAAGUGGUCGUAGCAAGUCAUUUUAUAGGGGCAUGUAUCGGUCAUUUCUCUUAGGUUAGUACUUCUUGGUCAGUGGGCAUGGUGGGAUGAUGACAAAUAUAGGGAGGUGAAUUUGAAUAUUACUUUUCAGCUAACCUUUAUAAUCAUUGAUAUGAUCUCUAUGAAAUAAAGCAUCAGAUAGAAGUUUUUAUAAUUAAGUAAAAAGUAAAAGAGUAGUAGUAACUAAAUAGUUGUAGGGUUUAACCUUCAAAUUUUAAGAAGAUGGAAACCCUAAGGAAAGGUCUACUUUGGUGCCUUAACUAUUAUUGUCUCAGUUUAAUUUGCACCGCAGACUCCAAAACCAUCUAAUGUGCACCCUCAGAUAUGAACCCUUUCUGAUUAUAUCCCAGGGAAGUAUUUGUGCAUGGUUUGAUGUGGUGUGGCAUUCAUGUCAAAGUAUUUUGCCACCUCAUUCCCUGUUAGGUGGUUUUGUGUGACAUGGCAUCCAUGUCAAGCUAGGAACACCAGGAACAAACAGAAGCAGACUGAGGUGGGGGUGGGAGAAAAACAGAGGUUCCAUUUUCCCCCAAUAUUUAAUAUGUGGGGUCUACUGCUCAGUGGAGAAAGACUUAUUGCCAGCCAUCUCGCCAAGUAACGCUUGUGAAGCCAAAUUUGGAACAUCCCGAUUAUAAGGAAAAGGCGACAAACUAGUGUGAACUGUACGCAAUGACCUUUGUAAUUUUGCGCUGAGCAAUAGCUGUCACUGGCGUUACAACCUUUUGCUAUAUAAUAGUCACAUCCAUCUCCUUUUCGGACACCGGUCCGGAAGGAAGCCAUAGUUCGAAGCUUCGAACCCGGUUGUGAUGGAGGUGGUCUUUGAUGGAGGAGGAGGUGCUGGCGGUGCCAACAACUGGAGGUCCCAAAUCAGGGAAGAGUUUCGCAAGUCUCGUAUCUCAGAACUAUCAGAGGCUCUGAUGCAAGCACUGUCGCCAGACGAGCCCGAGACAUUGACUGAUCUUCUGAAUGUUGCUGUCAGAUUAGAGAGAAUGAUUUUCAUAGUAGCUGUUAGCGAGGUUGAUUAUAAUUAUAAGCUGUAUACGAGAUUGGAUCAUUUAGAGGAUGAUCAUUUUGAGGACAUAUCAUCAGAUAAUCAUUUUGAGGACAUUUCAUCAGAUGAUCAUUUUGAGGACAUCUCAUCGGAUGAUCAUUUUGAGGAAAUUUCAUCAGAUUAUCAAAUGCUUGAACCCUCAACUGCGACGCUUCUGCGAGGAAUUUUUAGUGAUCCACAGAAUCAAAGCAUUCAGGUACAGAGCAACCUCCAGAGGAUGCUAUCUGGUGAUAAUACAAAAGCAACAGCGCCUAUAGGAAAUGAAGAGAAGCCUUGCUGUGAUGACAAUGAUAGGAUUAGCGUCCUUCAUGAGAGCAUACUCCAUUGUAUCAUGUCCUUCAUGCCAGCACAGGACGUUGUACGCACAAGCAUGCUAUUCCGAAGAUCGCCCCCAUUAUGGACUUCAGCGCCAUGCCUUGAUAUCGAUAUUGAUCACUUUGAUAUGGACAGAGUAAAGUUCAACAAGUUUGCAAAAAGUUUGUUUGAGCGGCGGGGUAAUGCUAAUACAUUGGACAAACUCCGCCUUCACUCUUUUGCAAUUGAUGCAGCCAAGUAUUGGAUCGGUGAUGCUAUCAGACUUCAUGAAGUUAAAUCGAUUGAUUUCACUGAAAAUACAAGAUGGGAAGCUUUUUACUUAGAUCCUAAAGCUAUCAACUUUAGCUCUAAAUAUCUGCGAACUGUGAAGCUCACUAAUGUUAUAAUAGUUGCAUCUGUCUUUGAUCAGCUCAGCCGUGAAUGCACGUCUUUGGAAAAUCUGCAGUUGGCAGACAGCACUCUUUAUUGUCCUGAGAUUUCAUCAAGUUCAUUGAAGACUCUGGAAAUAAUAAACUGCUUAGUUUUGAAUCAUCUUCUGAUUCGUACUGGCAAGCUGGUCUCGCUAUGCUUCAAGGACACUCGAUGCAGGUGCACUCCAAAAUACAUAGUUCGAACUACAUCAGCAGUAAUCCUAUGUGAUCUUUCAAACGCCAAGAGCAUAGAACUGCCAACACCAGUGAGACAUGUCGCAUUCGAUAGAAUGACUCCAAGGUGCUCAAUGUUCAUCAGUCUGACAAGUCUCAUUCUUGGUGAAUGGUGUCUUUCCAACAAAUUUGCUCCUCUAGCUUGCUUCCUCGAGCACUCUCCUAUGCUUGAGAAUCUUGAUCUGAAGCUCAAGUUUGACUGUGAAGAGCAAAAGCAGCCGCUUCAAAUGGCUGAGGGAAUAUCAUUCCAAGCCAAAAGCCUUAAGAAGGUAACGAUCCACUGCGCCGAAGAGGAGGACAGGCUUCCCGUGUUGAAGGCUAUACUGCUUGCCAAUGCAAGAUGUGUCAAGCACAUCGAUGUCAAGACGUACUAGGAUGCUGCGCCAAGCGUUCUUCUGCAUAUGGAAUGCAUCUUUGCAUAGCGCUUUCGCUGUGUGACAUGUGUGAGACCCGAUGUAGCUAGAGAUUUGGUUGUUGAAUGUUGUGUUACAUGGACCUGUAAACAUUUACCGCUGUGCGACUUGUGGGAAACUUACUUGCUACCAUUUAUCUAGGUUGAUCGAUGAACAUUACAGCUCA